ACAAACACACAAACACACAAACAAACACACAAAGCAGUCUGCACACAGACAGAAGCAGCUGAAACAGAUUUAAAGUGAAGAAGUGAUGAAGAACAGCUCCUCCUCCUCCUCCUCCUCCUCUCUGACCUCUGACCUCUGACACAGGACACGCCCCUCCUCCCCCCUCAGGCCUGAUGUCACCUCUUCCUUCUCUUUCCAUCCUGACCCCGCCCCCUGGGGAAGGCCCCGCCCCCUGAGUCCUGGGCCUCUGGGUUCAGGUCUGAGCAGCUCAGUUCCUGCAGAAACCACAGAAGAAGAGAGGAGUGGGUUUUACCUGAGAGGAGGAACAAACAGCACCGUUGUGUGUCUGUUUGUGUGUCUGUUUGUUGGUGGGUCGCUGAAUGUUUAUGGUUCUGAUGUUCUGGACUUAACGUGGACCCAUGGAGCUGAUGUGGACCUGGAUGCUGCUGCAGGGACUCUGGAUCUCAGAUGUGCUUGGGGCCUUGGAACUUGCCUUCCUGACAGAGCCUAGUGAUGUGAUUGCAGUCAGGGAUCGUCCCUUAAUGCUGCAUUGUCAGGUGGAAGGGGAGGGUCCUAUUUCCAUCACCUGGAGACGUAAUGGUGUUGUUGUGAUGACCGGUACCAAGGCAACAGUGCUCAACAAUGGCACACUGCUCAUCAGGAACUUCUCCAAGAGACGUGAGAGCAAUGAGACAGAUGCUGGAGAGUACGACUGCGCUGCACAGAACCGCUAUGGGAUGUUGAUCAGCCGCAAAGCCCGAGUGCAGCUCGCCUCACUCCCAAAGUUCCUGUCCCACCCACAAUCCCUCUCUGUAGAUGAAGGGGGCGUGGCCAGACUCAGUUGCCAGGUGAAUGGGAUUCCACAGGCUAACAUCACCUGGCAAAGAGACCGACGCCCACUGAGUACAGAUGACCCAAGGUACACGCUGCUUCCUAACGGUGUGCUGCAGAUCAGUGGCGCUCAGCGCUCUGAUAAUGGUCUGUUUCGAUGCGUGGCGUCAAACAUCGCCAACACACGCUUCAGCCACGAGGCUCAGCUGUCCGUCACAGUUGCUGGAUCCAGAUCCUACAAGGAGCCGGUCAUCCUGUCUGGACCUCAGAACCUAACCAUCAACGUCCACCAGACGGCCAUUCUGGAAUGCAUUGCCACAGGAAACCCUCGGCCCAUCGUGUCCUGGAGUCGCCUCGAUGGGCGGUCCAUCGGGGUGGAGGGGAUCCAGGUUCUGGGAACAGGGAACCUGAUGAUCUCUGAUGCCACGCUGCAGCAUUCCGGAGUUUAUGUUUGUUCAGCCAACCGACCCGGCAGCAGGUCCAGAAGAACUGCGCUUGGACGCCUGGUGGUGCAAG